AUGGAAAAAACACAUUUCAUUAUAUUACUCUUUGCACUACUGUUAAAUUCAUGCUGUUAUACUUUAGCUGUUGAAUCCGGUACUACCAUGAAGACAUUUAAAUCUAGCCAAACACUCUUUACUAACCCAGAACGAGGGUGGAUUGUGCACCGAUUUUCCAACAAUAUGUGGGGACUUGACAAUCUACGAAACAGCGCAGAAAAAGUCUCGCUAGUUCUUAUCAAAAUAGACAUUUCCGCCUACCGCAAUAGAAACAAUAUUGCACUAGAAAAACUGAAUGAAAUUCGUAAUUCACUCGAUAAAUGUAGAACACAAGGAUUAAAAGUAAUCUUACGCUCGGCCUAUGCCUGGGACUGGAAUGAAGCGUUACCUCUACCAGACCCAGAAGAUAUUCAAACUAUUACAAAUCAUGUCAUCGAUAUGAAACCCAUUUAUAAUGCAUUCGAAGACAUCAUUAUUGCUGUCGAGAUGGGCAUGUUUGGACCAUGGGGUGAGAUGCAUUCAUCAAAACAUAGUACCGUCAAUACUAAACCAUUCUAUCCAAUACGAACUGAUGCACUUAGACUCGUUCAUAAUGCUUACAUGUCUGCACUGCCACAGACACAUUCAGUACUUGUUCGUAGACCAUCUUACAUUCGUGAAAUUUUUAACAAUAGCGAGCCGAUAAGGCCUAAUGAGGCUUAUGCCAACACGGGAAAAGCACGAACCGGCUACCACAACGAUGCCUAUCUUAACAGCAAAGAUGAUGCGGGUACCUUUGCACCCAAUUGGUCCCGUGAGGAUGAACUCGCCUAUGUAAAUAAAAUGACAUCUUUUACCUUUUUCGGCGGUGAAGCAUUUGGCACUCCCAAUAAUGCAUAUAACAAUGCCAAUAACGCAUUAAAAGAAUCUAAACAGCAACACAUGACAUAUCUGCAUCGGGAUUACGAGCCAGAAAUCUAUGAUGCCUGGGGUAGUUUGGUUAAACAAGAGUUCACACGUAAACUAGGCUAUCGGUUUGAAUUAAAGGAACUUGCGUAUUCCCGAGAAGUAACACCCUGUGGUGUAUUGUAUUUCAUUCUCAAGCUGGAAAAUACAGGCUUUGCAGCAAUGCAUCUAAAAAGGCCUGUAAAUUUGAUACUUGUUAAUGGGAAGAGAGGCAAUGAACAAAAGACGUACGAAACUACACUUAGUGUAGAUCCUCGUAUUUGGACACCGGAGAGUGGCAUAAUUACUAUUAAUCGCAACCUUCGAAUUCCCGGCAGUAUCACCGAAGGUAUCUGGCAACUCUUUUUAUCGAUGCCUGAUAUCAGUGAAAGGUUGAAACACAACCCACAUUAUGCAGUUCGAUUCGCUAAUGAGGAUGUCUGGACUGAUGACGGCAGAAACAUGUUAAUAGAGGAACUUAAUAUUGUGGCUUCUCCUUCAGGUUCAUGCGCUGAUGAUCAAUAUUUUCAAGAGAUUCCUAUCAAUUCUGCAUCGUUGAUCACUCAGUUGAGCGCCAUGAAAACAGUACAAUCGUUAAUACUUUCAGCUACGUAUAGUAAAAACUAUAUUUUUUAUCAAGUGUUCAUUGAUGCAGACAAUAAUUCUACGACGGGCUAUCAUGUGCAAGGAAUAGGCGCAGAGGUGCUCGUUGAAAAUAAUGCUUUCUACCAUCACAAAGGAAAAACUGGAACUAAUUGGGAAUGGGAGCUCGUCGACGGAAACAUUAUGCCUUCAAAUUAUGGCUACAAAUAUCUUUGGCAAUUACCGAUACUUCACUUGAAGUUGCCCAUUAUGGCAUACAGUCAAGUAGUUUUUGCAGGUACCAUUGACGACAAAACCGACUAUUCUUCAAUAAUAUCGGUGACAGUCGCUUAA